GAACUGAAGGGUGAAACUAAACGAAAGCGUCUUGGAACUUUGCGAUGCCGUGGUCUACAGCCACCAGUAUUAGGAGGCCAUGCAGCAGCCUUUAAGUACUGGUUUGAUGCCUUUGGACAUAGUGGUCCAUACAACCAGGACAUACAGGAAAUUGUUGGUGUUCAAAAGUUGAUUCCCCGGGGGAAUCCAAUGGAAUCACCAGGUGAGUCCCCUUGUUGUUGUUUUCCUCAAUUUUUUCUGUUAACGGUAUUUUUACCGUGAAUUUUGCAGAUGUCAAAAAGACAAUGAAACAAUUAAUCAAAAGGGCAGCC